CUCACUUUCUCCGGGUGCUCCAGUGUUCCGUGCUCCACCGUUAAGUUCUGCACUAGUACAUGAAUCCGAACUAAAACCUCCAUUUGGGCGUCUUUUUCCGAUCCGUUCGUCGGAAUUCGUGUUCGAUCCGUGGCCAAAGAUGUUCUCCUAUUUAUCAACUCGUCAGUUAUCUCUAGCUUUCUUCAUCAUUUUGUUACUAGGUGAUGGCUCAUUUGUUUAUUCAUCCCGAAGUUGGGAAGCUAGGGGUUCAUCUGUGUUUUCUCUGUUUAACCUCAAAGAGAAGAGUAGAUUCUGGAGUGAAUCUGUUAUCCGAGGGGAUAUGAAUGAUUUGGAAUCCUCUGGACGUGCUAAAGUGGACAUUAGCAAUUAUACCAAGUCUUUCUUGUAUGCAGGCAAUAUUGCAAAUUAUCUGAAGCUUUUGGAAAUCGACUCUAUGUACCUUCCAAUCCCCAUUAAUUUCAUUUUCAUAGGAUUUGAAGGAAAGGGGAACCUAGAGUUCAAGCUACAACCUGAAGAAAUGGAGCGUUGGUUCACAAAAAUUGAUCAUAUAUUUGAACAUACAAGGAUUCCGCAGAUAGGGGAAGUCCUUACACCGUUUUACAAGAUUAGCAUAGAUAGAGAACAACGUCACCAUCUUCCUUUAAUCAGCCAUUUAAGUUACAACUUUUCUGUUCAUGCCAUCCAGAUGGGCGAAAAGGUUACAUCUAUUUUUGAGCGAGCCAUUAAUGCCUUUGGCCGCAGGGAAAAUGUGUCGAAAACCAGUGAUGAUGGAGAUGAUCUUUGGCAAGUAGAUCUGGAUAUGAUGGAUGUAAUUGUUGAUAGCCUUGUGGAGUAUCUACAAUUGGAAGAUGCAUACAACAUUUUCAUUUUGAACCCCAAACACAAUGAAAAAAGAGUUAAAUAUGGCUACCGGAGAGGAUUAUCUGAGGCCGAAAUAAACUUUUUGAAGGAGAACAAGGAACUGCAAUCAAAAGUUCUUCAGUCAGGAACUGUUUCAGAGAGUGUCCUAGCUCUUGACAAAAUGAAAAAACCUUUGUAUGAAAAACAUCCAAUGGCAAAGUUUUCCUGGACUGUUACUGAAGAGAGUGACACGGUAGAAUGGUGUAAUAGAUGCCUGAAUGUGCUAAACAAUGUUGAAAGUCUAUCUCAAGAGAAGGAUGCAUCUAGCAUCAUCCACAGUAAAGUUAUGCAGAUCUUAAAAGGGAAAGGCGACGAUCUGCAGUCUCUUUUCCAUAAGGAGUUAAAAUCUGGGGAUUUUAGUGGUUUGCAUGCAGAAUGUCUCACAGAUACAUGGGUUGGAAAUCUCAGAUGGGCAUUUAUUGACUUGUCCGCCGGGCCCUUUUCAUGGGGUCCUGCGGUUGGUGGAGAAGGUGUACGCACAGAACUGAGUUUACCAAGUGUGGAAAGAACCUUAGGCGCAGUUGCAGAAAUUUCUGAAGAAGAAGCUGAAGAUAUAUUGCAAGAAGCCAUACAAGAUAAGUUUGCAGUAUUUGGUGAUAUGCAGAAAGAUCAUCAAGCCAUCGAUAUACUUCUUGCAGAAAUUGAUAUAUAUGAACUUUUUGCUUUUAAACAUUGCAAGGGUAGGAGGGUUAAGCUCGCUCUUUGUGAUGAGCUUGAUGAGAGAAUGCGAGAUUUGAAAAACGAACUCCAGUCUUUUGAGGGGGAGGAGUUUGAUGAAAGCCACCAGUUGAAGGCUGUGGAUGCAUUAAAAAGGAUGGAGAAUUGGAAUUUGUUCAGUGAUACUCAAGAGGAAGUUCAAAAUUAUACUGUUGCACGUGAUACUUUCCUUGCACAUUUGGGUGCAACCUUGUGGGGGUCAAUGAGACACGUUAUAUCUCCUUCACUUGCAGAUGGUGCCUUUCAUUACUAUGAGAAACUCUCUUUCCAACUAUUUUUUAUCACACAGGAGAAAGUGAGAAAUAUUAAACUGCUGCCUGUUGACCUCAAGCCUAUAAUGGAAGGACUUUCAAUGCUUAAAUUGCCCUCUCAGAAAGUUCUGUUCAGUCAGCAUAUGUUAUCCCUGUCGGAAGAUCCUGCUCUGGCAAUGGCUUUUUCUGUGGCUAGAAGAGCAGCUGCUGUUCCCCUUUUGCUUGUGAAUGGCACAUACAGGAAAACUGUCAGAUCAUAUCUUGAUUCUUCCAUCCUCCAGCAUCAGCUACAAAGAUUGAAUGAUCAUGGUUCUUUGAAAGGGUUACAUGCCCAUAGUAGGUCAACUCUGGAAAUCCCUAUCUUCUGGUUUAUUCACGGGGAACCAUUGUUAGUUGAUAAGCAUUACCAGGCAAAAGCACUACCCGAUAUGGUUAUUGUUGUUCAAUCAGAAUCAUCAUCAUGGGAAAGUCAUCUACAGUGUAAUGGGCGGUCACUUUUGUGGGACUUGAGGAGGCCUGUAAAGGCUGCUUUAGCUGCUGUCUCAGAACAUCUAGCUGGAAUACUUCCUCUUCAUCUUGUUUACAGUCAAGCCCAUGAAACUGCAGUCGAGGAUUGGAUAUGGUCAGUAGGUUGCAACCCCUUGUCUAUCAUUUCUUCAGGCUGGCGCAUCUCGAGAUUUCUAUCUGACACAAUUGCUCGAAGUUAUAUACUCACAAGUCUUGAGGAAUCAAUUCUACUCGUCAACUCAGCCAUUCAUCGCCUUGUCAUGGAGAAGACGUCAGAGAGGACUUUCAAGCUCUUUCAAUCUCAGGAGCGUGAGCUAUUAAACAAAUAUAAUUAUGUUGUCAGCUUGUGGAGAAGGAUUUCAACUGUUUCUGGAGAGCUUCGUUAUUCGGAUGCAUUGGUACUUCUGCAUACCCUAGAGGAUGCAUCAAAAGGGUUUGCAGAGUAUACAAAUGUGACACUAGCCAGCCUCUCUCCAAUUCACUGCACAAGCCACCGGAAAGUUGAUGUUGAUUUUGACAUGACAACCAUACCUGCCUUUUUGGUUGUUCUCUUUAUUCUAUGGUUUGUUUUGAGGCCAAGAAGACCAAAGCCAAAGAUCAAUUGAAGCGGGUUUCUAUUAACUGCUAACAAAUCCAAUCUACUAACUGCUAACAAAUCCAAUCUAUGAAGGACCAAAAUUUUCUGCUUCCAAAACAAAUGUUCUGCAGUGUGUAAUGUAUUUUUCUCUUCAUCUGAGUCUUGCCGUAAAUGUUUUCUCUGAUCUUAGGUUCUUGGCAGAGGAAGUCAAGAAGCUAGAAUGAAACCAAAAUAUGAAGUGAUCUUAUUAUUACAGCUGAUGUACCAAUGAGAACUGAGUUUUGCUAAACAAUGAAAGACAAGUAUAUGCUCAGGAAACCAAAGUAUCAGGUAGUCUACGACCCCUCAUUGCGAAAAGCAUGCCAUUUCAAGACAUAUUUACUUUUGUUAAGCAAGGAAAAUGCUCAAAACAUGCUUAUUACUUGACCAGUUUAGUGGAGGUGUUUUUUUUUUUUACGAAACGUUUUGAAGGGUGGUGGUGUAUAUCUUUGACAUAUAUUUGAGAUUAUAAAGAUUAUUAUUUACUACGCACAUAAUAUGUGAUUGUAUAACAUUUCCGUCCUUAAAAGCAUUGCCAUUAAUAAAAAAUUGCUCUAAAAAAAUU